CUCUGGUGGUUCAAUUUGAAUUUAUGUGUUGUAUCUAACGUUAUUACAACUAAUUUAAAUAUUUAUUUGAAUAGACUAAGCCGUCUUAAAAAUAGUAUUAUUUUAUAACUGUCUUAUUUUUUGUUAAGUGUAUUCAAAUUUUGCUAUCAUGUUACAAUUUAUUUGAAUUCCAUAAGUAUCAAUUAAUGGGUAUUGAUUGGUCUUAGAAAAUAUUAUUUCCAAGCGAUAUUCCUCAAAGUAAAAAUGGGAAAAUUUAUUAUUUUUACAUUACUUUUCGGGUUUGUAUUUGGCGCGGAUGACGUGUUACAAUUAGACCAAGGAAAAUUGACUGGAAGUAGUUUGAGGUCAAGAAAUGGACGAGAAUUCAAAACGUUUCAGGGAAUACCCUAUGCCAAAUCACCUACCGGGGAUCUUAGGUUUAAGGAUCCAGUACCAGCAGAUCCGUGGAUAGGUAUUUUAAAUGCUACUACCGAGCCACAAGUGUGUAUUCAGAAGAAUUUGUUCUAUUAUCAACAAGCGGAUAUCCUUGUCGGUGCAGAGGACUGUCUAUAUCUCAAUGUGUACACUCCAAAAAUACCAAAAAAAGGUGAUCGAGAACUGCUUCCAGUCAUGUUUUGGAUUGCCGGUGGAGGUUAUUUUUCUGGUUCGGGAGGUUUAAGUUUAUAUGGUCCUCAAUAUUUGUUAGACAAGGAUAUAGUUCUAGUUACCCUAAAUUAUAGACUUGGAAUUCUUGGUUUUAUAAGUACUGAAAACGAUGACUUACCGGGUAAUUAUGGUAUGAAAGACCAAGUUUUAGCACUAAAGUGGGUCCAAAAAAAUAUUGAUAAAUUUGGCGGAGACCCAAAAAAAGUUACAUUAUUUGGACAAAGUGCCGGAAGUGCUUCUGUUGGUUUACAUUUGUUAUCACCAAUGAGCAAAGGUUUGUUCCACAAAGCAAUUAUGGAAAGUGCAACGCCAUUAAACCUUUGGGGUGUAUCUCCACCAGGAUGGGCAAAGCGAAGGGCUUUAGCUGUAUCAACUAUUGCUGGAUGCCCUCUAGACACAAAACAAAUGAUUAAAUGUUUAAAAGAAGUACCUGCGAACGUUUUAGUGAACUUAUAUAACAGUUUUUUUGAGUGGAGGAUUUAUCCAAUAAUUAAUUUCAUGCCUGUUGCUGAAAACUGUAAUGAAAAAAAAGAAUCGUUUUUAUGUAAAUAUCCUUUACUGGACUUUGAACAAAUAUCAAAAGUUCCAGUUUUAAUGGGAAUGAACUCUGGAGAGGGUGGUAUUUUUGCUUCUAGAAUGUAUAACGCAACUGAUCUUGUGUAUACUGAAUUGAAAGAAGAUUUUGAUCAUUACGUAUCGUCAUUUUUAGAGUAUAGAUAUACGACAAAGUAUUCAGAUAUUCCAAUAAUUGGCGACAAGAUAUUUCAACGAUAUUUCCCCGACGGUACUUUGAAUGAUCCAUUGAAUGCUGUCAAAAUGAUUUCUGGCGGUUUAUUUUUACAUGGUAUCUUUAAAAUGGCAAUUGAGUUAUCACGACCGGUAUAUUAUUACAUAUACGAUCAUUUGAACUAUGUAUCGUUUAAUUCGGUAUAUGGACCAUAUCCAUUUCCAAAAAAAUUAGGGGUAACGCACGCUGACGAAGUAACCAGUUUGUUUUAUACAACUGAACGUGGUGACCUACAGGGAGAGGACCUCAGUGAUAUCAAAUCUUAUGGUGUGAUUAAGAUACAAUAA